AGUCAUCUUUUCAGAUUUCCUUCCUCUUCCUGUGUAGGUCUGAACACUCAUUUCGUAGAUGUUGAUGCUGUUUCUCAAAUGUGAGUUUUGAACAGAGAACAGCACACUGACAGAGAGGGAAAGCUUUAAAAGCCCUGCCUGGGGGUUUCGUGAGAGAGCUACAAUGGUCCAGGGGCUCGGAUGGACCAGUUUGCAGCCUCCUCCGCAAGCCCUGCCUGGGGGUUUCACGAGAGAGCUGCGAUGGUCCAGGGGCUCGGAUGGACCAGUUUGCAGCCCGCUGCGCUUGUCCGGUGCCGUUGAUGGUAAACACGGGGAGGAGGACUCCGGGUGUUUCCCGACAGAUUUGUGGUCUGCGCAAGUCAGCUUGCUUGCAUUCAGUCAUGAUCUUUUGGCAAGUCAGAGUGAAGAGUUGUGUGAACAGAACUGAAACAAAAAGCAGCGUCGUGAGCAAAUCACGGAGCAGCAGGGACAGUGUGGGAACAUCCAGUGACUCAGUGGUUGCGGAGAUAGCGCGGAGGAGGGGGGACAGCCAGGCCCCAUCCAGCCCCCCAUCCACGGGACAGGCAAAGGAUUACAUAAAGACAGCUGAGAGCCACCGGGGGCUUCCUGUUCCAGAGCUGGACAGAGUUCAUCGCCCCCCACCAGAAGGCACCCGCAGCCAGCAGAAACCUCAGCCUGGGGCGCGGCUAGAGACGGGGCUUCUACGCGGGAGCCCUGUCUGUGGCUGUGAGUCAGCAUCCCCGGGUCCAAAACAAAGUCCACGAGGGGCCAGAACACAGCAGAAAUGCAGGAACCGCGGCUGGGCGGAAGACGCCGACCACCGCAAGAGAGUUUCUCUUGGAAGUGAUCGAUUAGUCCCGAGGGAAAUAAUAGUGGAAAAGAGCAGAGCUGUCAGGGUUUUGCCAACCUGAGAGCUGUCAGAUCCGGGGUUACUUCUGAAACGAGAUUUGGCAGAAACCGCAUCUAAUGAAGAGUUGCAUGUUUUGGAAAACCUCUGCUCCAGACAUCUUAUGAAAAAUAAGCCAGAGCAGGCACGGCAGACCAGCUCAGCCACAAGCACUGAAAGAUUAGCUACGGUUCAGGGCAGCCCAACCAAGAAAAGAAAGAAGGACGAAAGAGGCCACUAACUUAUGGAAGAUUGCAAACGCGUAGUUGAGGAUGUAGUGGCCAAGCCGGUGACAAAUGAGCGUGUGUCUAGAUGCCACGAUUUUAAAGGAAUUCGAAUGAUGAUUUUACAUAGAAAACAUAUACCUGCGUGGGGGUUUGCUUUCAAAGCAGUGGCCUCCGGGAGCCCUAGUGCUUGUUCUGACAGCAUUGCUACUUUCUCCUUCACACUUUGUAACUCUCUUCAGAAACUUACUUGUCGGCGUGGCAGCGUCCGUGAAGGAACCACGUGAAGAACCCAAUCUUGCCCCUCCUUUGUCACAUCGCUGUGCGGACCACAUGAUGGGCCACAGUGCUGCCAGGCGGUUCUCCUGCCCUUCAGCCUGAGGAGGGCAGCAGUGGAGGAACAGGCUAGGGGUUCACUCCGUCUGCCUGUGGCUCCAGCAUCGUGGUCUGAAUGUGUGUAAGAAAUGCAGAGCCUGGGCCCCACCCAGACCUAUGGAACGAGAAACCCUGGGAGCUUCUGAAACCUGCCCAAGUUGGAGAACCACUGGACUGAUUGGAGACUGCCUUGUGAUGAUUUCCUCCAGCCCGGUGAUCCGGGCCUCCCGCAAGCGCCUCAGCGGGGCCGCGUGUGGACCUGCACCCGUCAUGCUCCCUCAGACUUGUAAGGCACCUGGUUCAGUGUAUGAGUCACUCUGUUCCCAGGUUCUUAAGCACGGUGGCCACAGGGCCCAGGGAGCUGUGACUUUACCCUAAGAGUUGCAGGAUAUUUGCAUAUAAUUCAGCCCAGCGUAAGGGGAGGAUAUGGGAGAGGCUUGUUCUUGCUUGUAGUGCAGGCAUGUCCCUGCCCCUGCCCCCACCUCCACCUCGAAGAUCCUGGUUAAGUUCAGGACACACCAGCACCCAAGGGCAACUCAUUGGCCAGAGUUUGCAGUUUUCCACUUGCCGGCUUCACGGGCAGUUUACGUUUCAAACCAGGAGCCUUCCGUUCGCAGGAUCACCCACUGUUUUCUCUAGUGGGCUUGCUGAAAUGUCACAAAGUGAAUCAUAGCAAUGACUUAUUUUGGAUGGACACCUACAGUAGAUAUUCUUAACCCAGUUUUAUUCUAAAAUAAGGAAGAAAUCAUAUUCAAAGGCCACCAUCAAAUGUGUUUUUUUUCCUACUCAACGUGGGGUGGUCCUUUGAAGUAGUACCUUCCUAGUAACAAGGAAAAUCAAGUAUAUUCCCCAAAGUAUAGGAGUUAGCAAAAAAGAACCCAGAAAAAGCCCAACAGAAUAAAAGAGUAUGGAAAUAGACACAGUGUAAGUUCGUGGUUAAGAUUAAUUAGUGGUUUCUCCCAGCUCAUUCUGUCCUUCCCCCAUCUCCUUUCCCCACUUAGAUUGUAGGGCAAGGCUCACUAAGAGGCAGCCGUAUUUCCCGGCACCAUUUUGGGUCAUGACACUAAGUCUUGCCAUGCCUGGCUGUGCGUGUGAUGCUGUUCCUUUGAUGUUUCAGACUCUUCCCGGAAACCUGUUUCCUUGCUAUGGUCCCAGCCUCAGCAUCCCCACCAGGAACAUGGCCCCGCCCACUGAUGUCCCUUCCUCUUCCCUCUUAGCUUUCUUCCUGCCCCAGGUGAUUCCAGUCACGGGAUUCUAUGGAAGAGGGAGCCCAGUAGAAUACCAACCACAGUGGAGCCAAUUCCGCUCCUCCAGUAGGGGCAGACUGCACAGGGUGGAAACCUCCUGAGAAGGUGGUAGAACGUGGCCCAUCCUGGGCCCCUCUCUUAGAGUGAUCCUUAUGCUAGAUGUGCUCUUCACUGAAGACAGGACCACAGUGUGUCAUUGAAUCUUCUUAAACAGAAACAAUUAGUGGGAUAGUUGAAACAGAGAGGGCACAAAUAAUAGCCCAAGGGAUAGGCCAAGAAACAGUGAGCUCCCUGAAAGAGUCUGGAAUUUAAAAGAGCCAUUGCAAUGGCUGCUGCCUGCCCCAGAACUAGGAGAUGUGUGAACUGGAGGCACCAGAGAAAGUUUUUAUCUAGUUUUUACUUCGUUAACCUAGGCCUGGUGGUUAAUGCCAAUACUUGUACAUUUAAUGAUUGUCCUUCAAGAAAAGUCUUGGUUUUAGAAUUUGGUAUAUUUGUGUAAAUAACAAUGACUGUGAUCUAGAGGGAAAAUGGCACCUUUGGCUGUAGAUUGACAGGGUCUUUCUCACAGCCAUCAGGCACAUGGGAUUUUAACAGGAUUAACAGAGGGACCAGCUCUCCGCUUCCACACGAGGGCAUGUGUUUGAGGAAUUUUGCCUUUGAGCAUUUUCCUUCCACAUGUCUGAAACACCCCUGGAUUUCUUAUUACUGGAGUGGUUGUUUGAUUCUUUGGAUAUUUGGAAGUACAGAGGGGGAAAGGGCUGCCAGGUUUUUUUGUUGCUUAUUAGGUGGGAAAUGAAGAGUUGGUUCUCUACUGCUCGAGUGGGCGUGCUUUGAUAUUCUUAAUAAUCUUAAUAAUUCAGCAUCUGCAAAUCAGAGACCCUGUCAGUAUUCCUAGUUAAAAAGAAUAAGUUCUUCAGCCACUUACUUAAUAACCCAAAUUAAAUGUGUAUUCAAGUUCCUGUACCUCUGAUGCUUGGAAGAAAUAUGGAUCCAAUUUGAUUAAUGUUAUAACUUUGAACUCCUAACUUUCUCAGUGUCAUGGCUUCUAAGUCACCUCCAUGUGCUUUCAAAUGACUUUUUAAUAGAUUGGUGUUGGUUUUUUUUUUUCUUCUUUUUUUUCAUAUGUCCAUAAAUGUCUGAGAACAGUCAGUGUGACUUGUCUUACACAUUUUUCUUUUCUUUGCCUCUGGAGAUUAACUGUCACCCAGAUAUGCGUAUAAAUUGUUAAAUGCAAAGGAGCAAACGUUUCGGGAGAGAGGAGUAAAUACUGCUUUUGUGUUCACUUGUUUUAAAUGAAAAAAAUAGGAAAAUGUAUCUCAUUUUAUAAAAAUCAAGAGUCAUGAAAACCCUCUGUAUUUGGAUUUUUGGAGAACAUAGCUUCUCUCUGAGUAGGAUACCUCAGGAUAUAUCGUGGGGACAGCAGUGGGAUCGCAGUUAGUUUGCUUGCUCUCGGUGUCAUGUUUGGACUUUAGCAUGAAUUGUUGUACACUUCAGCGGCCUUUGAUUUCAGAAAGAGCUCAGAGCAGGCGGAGCAUGUAAGGAACGGAAACCUCCGUACCCAAGAGAGUGGCCUGGGAUCACGGUGUGGCCAUUCCCCACUUCCUUGAGUCCCUUCUUGGCAGCCCCCACGGCAGUGUUUCCACAAAACCCUGGUGAAUGGCCUUCCGUUGGCUUUCCUAAGAACCAGAACCUCUCUGUUCAGCGUGCUGUGCUAUGGCUUGAAUAUGGAAAUCCUUUUAAUUUCUUCUAUUGUGAGGAAUUUCCAUGCUUGGUUUGUCAGGACAAGAGAGUUCAAACCUUAUUAUUGAAACACAGAUGAAUUGAAACAUGUUGAAACAAGUAAGAAAUCAAAGUUAAGCUGAUUUCUGUCAAAUAGUUUAAAGUCUUCCUUGGUACACAAUAAAUUAAGCAUUGUAAAAUGAAGUUAAUUCAGAUAAUCACUCAGUCUAACUAUAUAUAUCAUGGGUAAUACAAUUUAUGGUGUAAUUAAAUUCUCAGAAAUCUGCAGAACUCCCUCUAAUUUGGUUUCUGUAUUUACUUGACAAGGAACAAAUGUAUGUCAAUGUGUAACGUAACAGAGGGAACGUGAGUGGAUGAAAUUACUGCCUUUAAUUGUUGAGAACUGCUCAGUACUGGGGUUGGAUGUAAUCACAUCAGUUGUAUUGCCGUUACAGCUACUUAUCAAAAACCUUGUUAAUUAAACAAAAAUCAGCGAAACCAUACAUUCGAUCCCAAAACACCUGACCAGGCAACUAAAGGAUUGGGUUCGACAGAUUCCCCAGAAUAAACUUUCUUCAAUAAAAGCAGAAAGCCAAACCCUGCAGUCAUCACCAGGAGAGCUCUCUUCUCCCGUUGGCCUUAUCCUCUCAUUUGUUUUGUUUAAACUACGAAAAUAGUUUAAAUAGUUGUGCAUGCCUAGGGGAUGAAACUAGUAUGUAGUGUAAAUG